CAACGAAUCGCAUCAAUGCGCCACCACUUCAAAUUAUGACCAUUUAUGGUAGACAGUAAAGACAGAUUAUCUCCUGAGUAAAUCGGCUUGGAACGUAUUUUUUCUGCACAAUUUUGACCGUCAGCGCACAUGUUUUAAAUCUCUAUAACAGAUCCAGUAAGCAACAGUUAUAUAGAGUUAUAGACAGUAUGAGUGUUAAGUUAACUAAUUCAGAACAGAUCCAUAACCUUUUAGAUCAGUACGAUUACUUUUUAUUUGAUUGUGACGGAGUUCUUUGGUUAGGAGAUCAUUUAUUACCAAGUGUCCCAGAGACAUUGGACUUGUUAAAGAAAUUGAAUAAGAAAUGUAUAUUUGUGACCAAUAACUCCACCAAGGCCAGAGAUGAUUAUUUGAGUAAAUUUAGAAAAUUGGGAAUUGAAGGAAUUACUAAGGAUGAAGUAUUUGGGUCAUCAUACGCAUCGGCUGUUUAUGUUGAUAAGAUAUUAAAGUUGUCCAAAGAUAAGAAAGUAUGGGUAUUAGGAGAAGAAGGAAUCGAAAAAGAAUUGAAGGAAUUAGGAUAUACUACUGUUGGAGGUAGUGAUCCAUUAUUAGUCGAAGAUGGCGUUAAGUUCAAUCCAGAUCAUCCAGCAUUAUCUAAUUUAGAUGAACAAGUUGGAGCAGUAUUAGCUGGUUUAACAUUUAAUUUAAAUUAUUUAAAAUUAUCACUUACUAUGCAAUAUCUUUUAAAGGAUAAUAAAUCAAUCCCAUUUAUUGCAACCAAUAUUGACUCUACAUUCCCAUCUAAGGGCAAAUUAUUAAUUGGUGCUGGAUCUAUUAUUGAAACAGUAUCAUUCGCAUCUGGUCGUCAACCUGAUGCAGUUUGUGGUAAACCAAAUCAAGCAAUGAUGAAUUCUAUUAAGGCUGACAAUGAGGGUUUAAGGACUAAUCCAAAAAGAGGUUUAAUGAUUGGAGAUCGUUUAAAUACUGAUAUGAAAUUUGGUAGAGAUGGAGGCUUAGAUACUUUAUUAGUAUUAACUGGGAUUGAAACUGAAGAAAAUGUAUUAAAAUUACAACAAGAUGUUGCACCAACUUAUUAUGCUGAAAAAAUUGGUGACUUAUUUGAAUAUUAUAAGAAAUAGAUUAAAUUUAUAGACUGACUAGAUUUAUAGAUACUUAGAAGUAGGUACGAUUAUAGAUAUGCUUUACGUACUAAAGAUUUACGAAGCUAUGUGGCGAAAUCUUUGAAAAAAAGAUGUCUAUGUAUUUCGCAAUUCUCGGGAGACGAGAGUGCUAACCUUAUAUUAUUAAUAUAAAUGUAUGUAUAUUGUUUAACAAAGCCGAUAUGAAUAGAAUUUGGUUUCAAUCCAGCUGUAGCCAUCUAUGGCAUUUGGUUGCA